AUGGGCGCGGCCAAGAACAAGUACUCGGUCAUUCUUCCCACUUACAAUGAGCGGAGGAACCUCCCUAUCAUCAUCUGGCUGAUCCAGAGGACCUUUAACGAGGAGAAGCUGGAUUGGGAGGUUAUUAUCGUUGACGACGGAUCCCCUGACGGUACCCUCGAGAUCGCCAAGCAGCUCCAGAAGCUCUAUGGCCCCGAACACAUCAUCCUCAAGCCUCGCCAGGGCAAGCUCGGUCUGGGUACAGCUUACGUCCACGGCUUGAAAUAUACCACCGGUAACUAUGUUAUCAUCAUGGACGCCGAUUUCAGCCACCACCCCAAGUUCAUCCCUGAGAUGAUCCGAAUUCAAGAAGAGACCGACGCCGACAUUGUGACCGGAACCCGAUAUGCGAGCCGUGGAGAUAUCAAGGGUGGCGUUUACGGCUGGGACUUGUUCCGCAAGUUCACUUCGCGCACUGCCAACCUCAUCGCGGACGUCAUGCUGAUGCCCGGUGUGAGUGACUUGACUGGUAGCUUCCGGUUGUACAAGAAGGCAGUGCUGGAGAAAGUUAUCCUCAAGACCGAGAGCAAGGGCUACAGCUUCCAGAUGGAGAUGAUGGUCCGUGCUAAGGCAAUGGGUUACAAGGUGUCUGAGUGUCCGAUUACCUUCGUUGACCGUCUGUACGGCGAGAGCAAGCUGGGUGGAUCAGAGAUUGUCGAGUACCUCAAGGGCGUGGUGAGCUUGUGGGUGAAGGUCUAA